GGGGGCGCGCCGUGCGUGCCGAGCAGGCCGCAGUGCGGGCCGGGGCCGCGGCGAUGCUGGAGGAGGCGAGCGAGGUGCUGGAGUCGGUGCUCAAGGCUUCGUGCCUCCCGCUCAGCGUCCUGCUCUUCGUGCCCGCCGUGCUCCUGCUCCUGGGGCCGCCGCCCGCCGCCGAGGCGGCGCACGAGUUCACGGUGUACCGCAUGCAGCAGUACGAGCUGGGCGGGCAGCCCUAUGGCACCCGGAGCGCCGUGCUGAACACGGAGGCGCGCACCGUGGAAGCGGACGUGCUGAGCCGCCGCUGCGUCAUGAUGAGGCUGGUGGACUUCUCCUACGAGCAGUACCAGAAGGCUCUCCGCCAGUCAGCUGGGGCUGUGGUCAUCAUCUUGCCACGAUCCAUCUCUUCUGUSCCCCAGGAUGUCGUACGGCAAUUCAUGGAGAUAGAGCCAGAAAUGCUCGCUAUGGAAACCAUUGUGCCAGUCUACUUUGCAGUGGAGGAUGAGGAGCUGCUGUCUAUCUAUGAACAAACACGGGCUGCUUCUGCAUCACAGGGCUCUGCCUCAGCUGCAGAAGUUCUGCUGCACACAGCAACUGCCAAUGGCUUCCAGAUGGUGACCAGUGGGGCUCAAAGCAAAGCUAUCAAYGACUGGCUCAUCCCCAGUGUGGAGGGAAGGCUGACAGGGCUGGGUGGAGAAGACCUGCCCACUGUUGUAAUAGUUGCCCACUACGAUUCCUUUGGAGUGGCUCCAUGGCUGUCCCACGGGGCUGACUCCAAUGGCAGUGGAAUCUCAGUGCUGCUGGAAYUGGCCAGGCUGUUCUCUCGGCUCUACACCUACAGAAGGACCCAUGCUGGGUAUAACCUGCUGUUCUUUGCAUCUGGAGGGGGCAAGUUUAAUUAUCAAGGAACGAAGCGGUGGCUGGAGGACAAUUUGGACCACACUGAUUCCAGCCURCUGCAGGACAAUGUAGCGUUUGUUCUCUGCCUCGACACUCUGGGCAGAGGCAAUAGCCUUCAUCUUCAYGUCUCAAAGCCUCCCAAGGAGGGAACCUUGCAGCAUGCGUUUCUGAGAGAGCUGGAGAUGGUUGUUGCCAACCAGUUCCCAGAGGUGAAGUUUUCCAUGGUGCACAAGAAGAUCAACCUGGCUGAGGACAUGCUGGCGUGGGAGCACGAGCGGUUCGCGAUCCGGCGUUUGCCGGCGUUCACCAUCUCCCACCUGGAGAGCCACCGGGACAGCCUGCGCAACAGCAUCAUGGAUAGGAGGGCACGAAUAGACACUAAAGCACUGACCAGGAAUACUCAGAUCAUUGCUGAGGCUUUGACAAGGGUCAUCUACAAUCUAACAGAAAAGGGAGCACCUGCAGAUAUGCAGAUCUUCACAGAUCAGAUGCAGAUCCAGCAGGAGCAACUGGAGUCAGUGAUGGACUGGUUGAGCAGUCAGCCCAGGGCUGCCCAGCUGAUUGAUAAAGACAGCACCUUCCUCAACACCUUAGAAUAUUACAUGGGACGCUACCUGAAGGAUGUCAAGCAGCAUCAUGUGAAGGCAGACAAACGGGACCCAGAGUUUGUUUUCUACGACCAGCUGAAGCAGGUGAUGAAUGCAUACAGGGUCAAGCCAGCAAUCUUUGAUCUGCUCCUCGCUGUCUGUAUUGCAGCCUACCUUGGCGUUGCCUAUGUUGCAGUGCAGCACUUUGGUCUCCUUUACAAGAUGAUACAGAGAUUAUCCCUUAAAACCAAGCAGCAGUGAAGCACCAAGUCACCCCCACCCAGCAGCACUGAGCCAUCGGAAAACAUGCUGGUGUCAUCGGCUCACUGUGGUGUCAGCAGGUGGCACAGUGCCAAGCACUCCAGAAAUACCAGCCACACAGGGAAAAACCUGCCUUUUCUGCUCUUUUGAGUGCUCAUUUGAAAUAUGUCUCUCUGCAUGCGUGAAGUGCUCAUGACACUCCUCUGCCAAAUGAAUUUGUGGCUUCAGAAGUUGCUGGAGUGGCUGGAAGACAAGCUUUGAUUGUUUUCCACUGGUUUUUGUGCUCUGCUGUGCAUUUAUUAUGGGAAGGUUCAUGCUCUGGGCUGGGUAGGUUCAGAACGUUCAUGGUGCAGUCUCUUUCUGAAAAACUCUGUAGCCUCUGAAUAUCUGGGAGUAGUUUGAGUGCUCCAGCUGCCUCCAACACUCAGGAAGGUGUUGUUCCCUCCAAUCCACCAGAUUACCASUCUUAACAAUCAACUCCGUUACUUUGCUGAGAAAAAUAGAAAAMAAAWUAUUAACAAUCCUGCUGCAGUUUGAGUUGGUGUGUGUAGAAUUUGCCAGAACAGAACAGAUCUGGAGUUUGUUCCUUGCAGUGGCAACUGUCAGCUUUCAGUCUUCCAGAUGAGAAGCUYAAAGUUCAGAAUCAAAAACUUCACCCAGCCUGGGUGCAGAGGCUGUAGCACAAARAAAACUGCAAGCUGUGAACACUACUGAUGCAGUGCCAGAAGCCAGUGGAAACAACCUAAAAGAAAGRGGGAUAAGGUUAAUGAGGAGAGUUCAUGAACCUGAAGGCCAGUUGGGAUGGUACAUUGCUCUCUCUCACACAAGAUUAGUUUGUCCUGUAAUCCUUUUGUGUAUMUCUCCCUGGCUGCCAUAAAAAAGUAGUUUUUCCUACAGAUUAAGAGUUUUUGCUUUUGAUCAAAGUGCAUGUGCACUGAAACAUCUGUGCUCAAAUCUGAGAUAGUCAAAUCCCAACUUCCUCACGGCUGGAGCAGAGUGCCCAUCCUGGGAUUGAAUUUAAUUCCCACAUUACUGUUCCCACACUGUUGUUUCCUUGGUAAGUUAACAGAGAAGYUUGCAAAGAGACCCUGGAGCUGAUCUGCACUCCCCCAAAACUGAUCAAUUCAGUCACCAACACAAAGGCAGAAAUCCAACAGGUGUUGUGAUAAAAUAAAAGUUCUCCACUACAUUACAGAAGAGCACUGUGUAGCUGAUUCUUGUUGCCCUUUUUUUUUUUACCUGUCCUCUUUUUUUGAGGAGUUUGCCUGGCCUGUCAGGAAGAGCGUGGAAAGCAUUAUAACCACACAUCCACAAGUGGCUAGCAGUUGAUGUUUUUAGCCAGAAAAUAAUUUUCUUUGCUAUUUGUCUGACUUCAUCUGUUGUCCUGGUCCUGUCAAGAGUCUGCAACUCACAA